UUGAUGUAAACAUUGUAUGAGAUUUUGUACUAUAUAAAAUGUUCAGACAAUUAUACAUUUGUUAUACACAAAGGCGUAAAAUGGCUGAAAUUAUUAAGUUUGUUUAUAUUAUGAUACUUUGUGUUUCCUUAUUGCUUAUUGCGGAAGCUAGUGGAAAAGAAUGUGUUACUGAUGCCGAUUGUGAAAACCUAUAUCCGGGUAAUAAAAAACCUAUGUUUUGCAACAACACUGGUUAUUGUAUGAGUUUAUACAAAGAGCCUUCUCGCUACAUGUAAUUCCAAGAUGUUUGUUCAUAAGAGUAAAGUGGAGAAUUAUUCUCUAACCCAUGUUAUGUUUUUCUUGAAUGUUUGUUUGAUUGUUGUUUAUCUUUAAAACGGAUUGUAGGUUGUGAUACUAUGAGAUCACGGCCGAUGUUAAUAAUCUAGUAUUUACUUAUUUUAUUAUAAGAAAAAUGUAAGCCUCAAAGAAGCCAAAAUAUGUUAUUUCGAGUUAUAAAAUUGAGUUUUUAUUUAUGGUGA